GGCCGUGGGCUGGCUCCGCUGCGCUGCGCUCCGGCCCCGCGGGUGGGGGCAGCGGCGGCGCCCCGGCGUGAUUCGCGCGCUGCCACCUUCUCAGAAAGCCGGCUCAACGUUCCCCCUCCCGCAGCCCCGUCCCUGCGUGCACCCACCUCCACCUCGCUGCCUGCGGCAUCCCUCAGCAUCCCGCCGGUCUCGCCUCUCAUUCGCCUUUCAUUUCUAUUCCCUGUAGGUGGGGAACCGUGACUCAGUGGUGAAUCUCGGUUUCAGGAGAUCACAUAAUGCUUCACCAUCCAGUUUCAAUGAACUAGAAAAAAACGGUGGGAAUUUCCCUCCUCCUUCGUCACAGAACACUGUGGACAGGGCUGAAUCCUGACUUUGGGAAGACUAAGCUACUCCCAGAGCUUAAUGCUACCCCACGAUUUAGGGAUUAUAUAUGCAGAAUGCUGGAAAUCUUCACUUGAACAGAAAAUAGAGCUCUGCGUUUUCCUUGGGAAGCGUGCCUUGAAAGAUGCCGAGUGCAGGAUAAACCUUUCAGCCUUCAUUUGGCACUGAAGUGUGGCCAUGGGAGGUGACACUGAGCAGGAGUUUGUCGGCACAUAGCAAAAUGCCUGGCAAUGAGCACAAUAGGUGCGAGAGAGAAACACCUAAGGUUGAUGUUUCCUUUGUAGGACAGUGCUGCGCUGGUGAACUUCAGAUUUGGUUGCUUGGUUUUCUCUUUUUUUGAUAUGGAAAGCGAGGGACAGCUGCUCCUGUAAUAAUACCCCCAUGUUAUUAGUCCUGCCAUACAACAAUCUGCAAUGCAAUGACCAAUGUGGUGAGCACCUACAAAGAGAUGCUCGGACACCGGGCUGAGCUCCCGGCCAAGUGUGGGAAACCUUUGAUCUCUUCCCAAGCAACUCAACACCAGCACCGAGCGCGUCCGCCCCGCGUUCCUGCCGCCCGCACAGCUGUCUGCCGGCCAUGGGAGAAGCCGGGGCGGUUCAGGUUUGUGGCCGGACGCUCAGGGCGCCUCGGAAUGUUCCCUGGGCAGAGCUCUGCUCCUCCCAGGCCUGCCCCGGGGAUGCUGCACGCCGCCCAUCCCAAGGAGCGCUCGCGCUGCUGUGCAUGAAAUGAUGGAGCAGAGCAGAACGUCUGCACGCAGACCUUGCUGUGCCUCCGGUUUCAUAGGAGCCGAUCCCUCGCAGCAGCCAGGCCUGCCCGCACGCUGCCGGCCUCUGCUGAGCAGCACUGCGCCUGCCAGGCUUGUGACACAGAGCUCUGCAGGGCUCUUUUCCCCGAGUUCCUCCCGGGCGCUGCCGCAGCGUGUGGCAGCAUGUUGUGCUGGGGAGCUGACGGGAAAGGAGCCGUCUCUUUUUCCGUGCUCUUGGCGGGGAAACUUUGCAGCGUUUCAGCUGUACGGGCGAUGCUCUGAGGACGUGUAAUCAGACAUUCCCGUUCACAGCUCAUCACCUAAAGGGCUCAUUCUGAUGUGGUAUUUUCUUAGCGGGUAUCACCCUAUAAAGCAAUGAUCCUAACCUUUCAAAGACCACCAGGCUCCUUAUUACAGUGACCUGCAUCUAUUUUUUGAGGCACGCAGAGAACUCCUUUGGUUGAUAAGCCGUCCUUCACAACGUGACAGCCUGCUGGCCAGGCGAUGGAGGCUGUGUCUGUAGUCUGCAGAGUGCACACUCUGGGACAGCAAGAACGUCUGCAGAGGAAUUUUCAUCCCAGGAGCUAUGAGAUUUCAUUUCAGUACUGAAUUAACAUCAGUAGUUUUAUUAGCGUGAUUGCAUGCCCUGAUAUGAGCAGUAACACCGGGUAGAUUUUGUAGCCCAGGUCUCUUUCAGUCCUCUGUCCCUGGCUAGAAAAGAUCGGAGUCAUCGAAACAACGAGGAGCCAUUUUCUGUCCUGGGAACAGAUCGCUAGGUUCCCAUAAGGCAAAACACAAUUAUGCAAUGAGGCAGCAUGCUGUCCCAGGCAUGCAGAGUCUUGUUCCGCACUCUCGGUGCUCGCAUUCCAGCAUGCAGCCGUGCACGGGAGCGCUGCACAAAAUGGUGCAGAGCCCUCCAAUGUGCUGCAGGAGCGUGCAGAGCCCCCCAGCCCAUCCCCCAGCAGAAGCAUCUCUGCAUCUUGCAGGCCCUGUGACCCGGAUAGAGCCGUGCCCUCACCAGCUGUUAGGUGAGAUCAAUCAAGGAACGUCAAGUGGGGAAAAAGCUUCAUGCAGGAAAAGAAAUGGAGAAUGAGACAAAUCAAAUACCACAGUAACAGCUGGUUGGCAGAGGCUGCUUUCCAGCAGGUCUGGGUGAAAGGCGAGUGCUGGCAGACAGAUCCAAUGAACUCCAGGUGUCACAGUGCUCUGCUGCCAAUGAGUUAUCUCACAUUCAAGGGGUUGAAAUUUGUCCACAGCAUUUGUAAAAGGAAGGAUUAAUCUCGUUAAUCCCAUUGCGUUCUAGGUGCAGAGAGGGACAAACACGACUCCUCCAAAUUAUCAAGCCAAAAUAGUUGAUUUCCAUUGAAGGAGAAGAGCCUUACCUUCCUGGCAACUCCCCUGCUCUUCCCUACCCAUCGCUAUUACUGCUGUGCAGCUUUUGUCCUCUUCGUGCUUAAGACCCUGAAGUGAAUCCAUCACCCAUUGCCUGGGCAUCCUCACACGCUGACCAUUACUGACAGCCCCGAGCUGUGCUCUGCUCCUGCAGAUCUGUGUGCACACACACACACAGAUGCCUGCACACACACCGCUAUUGGCAGCUCAUUGACAGGUGUAAGCAGAUUAAGAGGAAGCCCCAUUCUCACUGCAGACUCAAAACGCUCCCACUACAGAGUGGGACUGUUGACCUCUGUUUUUCCAUAUGAGAAACUCUUCUUCCCAAGCCAAUCUGCUUCCAAAAAAGAACAGCUUAAAUCGUGGUGGUCUUUCAUAUUAUUAUAAUGGGGAGUGUAUUGUUUCCUAUUAACACUACUCCAAUCCUCUUAAAAGGAGAAUCCUAUCUAGCUAUCAGCCUGGCUCAGGCACAUUUUUAGCUACAGGUCAUUUCUUUCCAGCUGACACAGAUAAGUGGUCAGUUUCAAAACACCUGGGAUGAGGAGGAUUGGGGCUGGCAGCCCCAGCAGGAAUAGGGAACAGUGGUGGGAAGGGGUUUUCAGCAGCAGGUGGCUGUGACCGGCCCCAUACCAGGCUUCUACAGAGCAGGAGGAGGCCAGUGUUAUAGACAGACUAUGGCAAGGAAAAGUACUUCGACAGCAAAAGGUGCCAAAGAGGAAUAAAGAGGCCUCAGGUUUUAGAAAUACACAUUUCUGUAUAGAAAGGAAAUAAAAGACGUGUGUUGCUUUUCAUUGAAAAUGGCCGUAGAGAAAUAGGAACGUUUGCCUCUGUGCAUUCAAUUCUUUCCUCUCUCCCUUUGUAUAGAGAAAAGCCUGUAGCAGGCAUUUAAUUAACUUUAUAUGCCAGUAGUCUCAUUAAUAUUAGCAGCUUUUCUCAUGUGAGAGCAGGGUUGUAUGUAUUAAAUCAGGGUUUGCUCUGAAUGUUUUUCAUUCACAUGCCCUGUUUCACUGAAAAGUUGGAGCACUCCCUGCAAAGAGGUGGUGUGUGCCUUCAUUAGAAAAAUUAAUGUUGGGGAGCUUGCUUAUUACCCUUCUUUUUAAUGAAAAACACAAUGAAGGGAACAGAGCUGUAGGUGAUGUGCGAAGGGAAGCUCCGUUCCCAAAUUCUUCAGCUUGAAGGUGUCAAUGUGCAGGAGGACCCUGAGCCUCUGCAGUCUGCUUCUAAAUAGGCCAUAGCCCAGAACAUCUGAAGGUCUCUGUGACUCAUGGGUGGGAAUCUCCUAAUGAUCUUAGUUAUUUUUAUACGUGUCUGCUGCCACAUGCUGCUCUGCCCCAGCGCAGAGAACAGCUCUGUGAGCACCGGGUGAGCGCACGCAGCUGGGGAGGUGGGCACAGCCUGGGGAAGGAGGAAGGAGAAAUUAAAAGACAAAAGCAAGGCAAAGGCACAAUAUUCACGUCAAAUAGAGGCACGGGACAGCAAGGAAAAAGGAGCAGAAAUAGCAAAUAAAGGCAUUAAAAGGACCGUACGGGCAAAGGACUUUGGAUUUUCUCUUCUGCUUUACGGAGCAAAAUGGGACAGCAGUUUACCAACGCUGAAGGGGAACAGACAGAGAUCGAUGUUGCUGAACUGCAGGAAUGGUAUAAGAAAUUUGUGGUUGAAUGUCCCAGCGGAACCCUCUUCAUGCACGAAUUCAAGAGGUUCUUCGGCGUCCAGGACAACCACGAAGCAGCAGAGUACAUUGAAAACAUGUUCAGAGCUUUUGAUAAGAAUGGGGAUAACACCAUUGACUUUCUGGAAUACGUGGCUGCCUUGAAUCUUGUUUUACGGGGAAAACUGGAGCACAAGCUGAGGUGGACGUUCAAAGUGUAUGACAAGGAUGGGAAUGGCUGCAUAGACAAACCUGAGCUGCUAGAAAUUGUUGAGUCCAUCUACAAGCUGAAGAAAGUGUGUCGGUCGGAGGUGGAGGAGAGGACUCCGCUGCUCACGCCAGAGGAAGUUGUGGACAGGAUAUUUCAGUUGGUGGAUGAGAAUGGGGAUGGGCAGCUGUCCCUGGAUGAGUUCAUUGACGGGGCCAGGAAGGACAAGUGGGUGAUGAAGAUGUUGCAGAUGGAUGUGAACCCCGGGGGAUGGAUCUCGGAGCAGAGGCGGAAAAGUGCUUUGUUUUGAGGGAGCCCGGUUUUGAUGCGGCUGAAGAUGGGUGCAGACUGUGGCUGUGGCUCCCUUACUCCAGGGUGUAGUGGCUUUCCUUGUCAGUACAAUCUCGGCAUCCAGAUGAAAACUGCAGUGGCUGAAGAAGCCGUAUCUCAAUCUAAAACCCGUGCUCUGCGAGGACUCCUGGUACCCAGAGACUAUUUUUAGCCCGUGAAUAAGUCUCUCUGUGUACACAACGCCACGUUUGCCAGCUCUGGUUUUUGGUUACACCCCGAGGAACAAACUUUCCAUGGUGAAGUGGAGCGGGACCUGGGCUGUGUCUGGUCUGGGCCACAGAGCAGAGAAGUGAGAACCUGGUGCUGCGGUGCCAUCUCCGUGCAGGGCAGCGUCUGCAUCACUGAUGUCUGCAGAUACAGACACUAACCCAAAAGCAACGGCAAUAGGGGUGCUCUGAUGACAGUCUGCACCAUCUGGACUAUUGCUACGGUACAUAAAGAGGAUGCAUAUUUAGUGGAUUAUACUACUAAUAAUGUGAAGUGAUUGAACACCAAUGUAUUGCUAUCAAACAAGUAGAUUAUAAGGUUUAUAUUCAGUGUAAGCCAAGGCUACACAGAGCUGAGGAAAAGGCAGCACGUGGGCUGGGCAAGGGGGAGCAGUCACUGCGAGUGCCUCCCUCUGUGGGGCAGAUUCUGCUCCUUGCACGUGGGAUAAGGGCUGCAGGAAGAGCAGGGUCAGCACAGCAGUGUCACUGCAGUGAGGGGGUGGCACUGCUGUGCUGGAGAACAGGAGGGGACAGGACAAAUCUGCUGCGUUGCUGGAGGGGUACAGUGGUUUUACACUGGACUUCUAUUUAGCCACUGCAGAGAGAGAAUUGGCACAGCUUGGAGGUUGAGCUCUGCUGUUCUCCCAGCUGACCCGUAGACCUAUAGCUGUAUGAAAGAAGUUGAGUUGGGCUCGUUCUUCGGUUCACUUUCCUUGGGUUUAUUUCUCAAAUCAUUUUUUCUUUACAAGAAAAUAUUCACCUGCAAAAUAACGUGAGAUUUCGUGUUUUACUUUUCCCAUGGGAUCACUGGGCCAAGCCACAUCCAUGAAGAAGCUGGCAAUCUCUCUUUUUUUUUUU